AUGGACUUCAGUCGUAUCGCCUUGACCCUGUACCUCGGAGUCGUUGUCUACUGUGUCUUCAGGUUCGUCUCCCAUAGAAUCAGUAGGGCAAAGAGGCAGCAAGAAUUUUCACGACAAUAUGGAUGUGAACCUAUUCAUAAGAAAUAUCCCCACAAAGAUCCAUUCUUCGGGAUCGAUGUCUUCAUCCGUAACAUCAAGGCGGUUACUAACCACCAGUUUCUGGAAACUGUGACCAAACGACACGAUGAAGUCGGAGAAACAUAUCAGCUCAACAUGUUGGGGACAAUUGGUAUUAUGACCAGAGAUGAAGAAAUCAUUAAGACUGUUCUUUCGAUCCGUUUCAAAGAUUACAGCCUCCAUGAUGAGAGGACGAAGGCACUAAACCCACUACUUGGAAAUGGUAUUUUCAGCUCCGACGGAUCUUCUUGGGCUCAUUCGCGUGCUCUUCUUCGACCACAAUUCGCUCGCUCACAGCUCAUGGACUUGUCCAUGUUAGAAAGUCAUGUCAACUGUUUGAUUGACAUUAUUCCCGAUGGGGAAGAAGUAGAGCUUCAAGAGUUACUACUGCGCUUUACUAUGGAUAUGGCCACUGACUUUCUUUUUGGAGAGUCGACUAAUAGUUUAUUGGUGAAUCAGGAUGGCUAUCAUAGCAAACUGGAGGGAUUUGCGGAGUCAGUUCAGUACGCUCAAGAUCGAAUGGCAAUGCAUAUUGCAUUAGGCAAAUGGGCUCUACUAAAACCAGAUCCAAAAUUCCACCAUCACGUACGUGUGGUACACAAAUUUGUUGACGAAUUUGUUCAGAAGGCUCUGCAAGAAAAUGACUUGGAUUCCAAGACACAGCCAUAUGUACUGCUGCGAGCUCUAGUUGAAGAUGUGAAAGAUCCAAUCCAAAUUCGGGAUGAAGUUCUUAAUAUUCUCAUCGCUGGGCGAGAUACCACAGCCAGUCUUAUUAGUAACGUCUUCUUCAUGCUGUCAUCACGGCCGCAAUUGUGGUCAAUGCUACGAAAAGAGGUACAGGAUCAGUUCCAAAACAAGCCGCCGACGUUCGAGGAAAUACCGCAAUGCAAAUAUAUUUGUUAUACGAUCAAUGAAGCUUUAAGAUUAUAUCCACCCGUUCCUGUUAACUCACGAGUCGCAAACUGCGACACAGUCCUUCCGAGGGGGGGCGGGCGAGAUGGAAAAUCGCCCCUGUUCAUCCCACAAGGGACUCCUGUCAUCUAUAAUGUGUUUGGCCUUCAUCGUCGGCAAGACGUUUACGGUACUGAUGCCGAGGAAUUCAACCCCUCUCGAUGGCAAUCACUGCGGCUGUCAUGGGAGUUCCUCCCAUUCAAUGGCGGCCCAAGAAUUUGCAUCGGCCAACAAUUCGCUCUCAUAGAGGCGAGCUACGUCCUUAUUCGAUUCCUUCAGCAUUUUGAGACCAUUGAGUUAAAAGAUCAAAGACCGUGGCAGGAAAAGAUUGCAUUGACCGUCUCUGGCCUUAAUGGAGUACGUGUUUCGUUAAAUCGAUCAAAAUAA